GUUUGACCAAAAGUUAGGUUAUAGUACACCUGUCAAUUUCACGUGUGUAAUGUUUAUAUUUUUAAUUAUUUGUAAUUAAAUUAUUCGAGAGUGCAUACAGUUGGACUUGAAGGAUAAGUUUGUAUAUAUUUGGUUGUUUGAAGUUUACAAGUAAAAAAGUAAACAAAAAUGACGAAUACACAAGAAUCUGAUAUAAAUCCUGAAGAAGAUUUAUAUUAUUUCGAAACAGAUCACUUGGCUUUGAGGGGGAAUAAAGACUAUAGUGAGGUGCUUAAAAACUUGCUCAUUUUAUGUGCUCAGAGAAAACAAGCAAUAAAGGACUAUAACAAAGCUGUAGAGUUGAAAAAAGAAGCACUCGCAGAUCCGGCUAAAGUCUUGGAAAAAAUUGUAAAAGGAGAGUCUUUGGGAAUGCCAGAUAUGCACUGCAUGCCUGAAUUGCCGGUUAUUGACUGGUCAAAAUACGACGUUAAAAUCCCGGAGGAGACUUUCAAACUUAUUUAUUCAGACGGUCCUGAAACUGUUAAGAAAAAACACGAAACGCCUAAAAAAGAAUCAAAAAUUUCACACGGGAAGUGGACGACAGAAGAGCAAAAACGUUUAGAGGAGUUACUUCAAAUUUACCCUCCUGAACCGGUUGAAAUGAGAAGAUUUAAAAAAAUUGCUGAUGCUUUAGGUAAUAGAACACUCCAGCAGGUCACAAGCCGAAUUCAGAAAUAUUUUGUAAAAUUGUAUAAAGCUGGUUUGCCUAUUCCAGGCAGGAUUCCAAAAGCAGCUGAAAAACACAAGAGGACUUCAUUGCAUAAGCAUCAGCGUCACAAUCACUAUUUGUGGAAACCCACAACUUUUUUUCCUGAUUUGUGUGUUCCUGUCGUUAUGAAUGAUUUAGAUAAUAUUCCUGGUCCUAGUUCUAAAACUCAAGAGGAAAUUCCGCAACCAUCCACAAGCUCAAACUAUCUGAUUUCUUCUGUUUACCACCAGGAAAGUGAAGUUUUGCCCCAAAAGAGUGAGACUGAAUUACAAUUAGAACUUUUAAAAAAGAUAAGAAAAGCCAAAGUUAGAGAUAAUGAAAGUGGGUCCAACUUAUAUCACCAUGUUGGAUUUAAAUGUGAUUUUUGCGGCGAGGAGCCUAUAGUAGGCACCAGAUGGCAUUGCAACACUUGCAAAAGUGACUCAAUUGACUUUUGCACCGACUGUGUUUUAACGCAAAUAUAUUCCGAUAAUUACCAUCCAUUAAACCACAAUUUAAUCGCAUGCAGUGGUAAAGAAAUUGACUAUUUGAGUGACUCUGAGUCAAAUAGUGGAAGUUUGGAUAGAAAUAAUGAGAAUAGUGAAUCAAGUGAUGAAGAAAUGAGCGAUAUUUCUGAUACUGUUAAGGAUCAAGUGAUGGCAAAUGGAGUCGAAGAAAGUGAUAAAAUAGACGAUAAAAAUAAAAGUGAAGAAAUACCGAAGCUCAAUUUUGGAAAUUAUGAGGAAUCUGGGGCCGAGUUGAGUUCAGGUUUGUUCGGUGAAAUUGAAAAUCCUUCUUACAAUUAUUUGCACUCGAAUUUGUUGCUUGAUUAAGGAUUGAGUUUUUUGUUGGGAACUUACUGACAAUUUUGAAUUGUUUCGUUUUUAUUUAUUGUCUUUGUUUUCACAAAAUUUAUUAAUUGAAAUGAUAAUUUUUAUUUGCAAUAAACGUUUUUUUUACA